GACAGUGUAGACACGGUGCCAGCCUCACCUGACCCUCACCAACCCUCCAGCUCUAAGUGUCAGCUGGCUUUCCUGGAGGCCACUGUACCAUUCACUCCAGCAGAGGAGAACAAACUUUGUCAGCCACCUCCGUGUCUGCUGGUCAACUCGGAGCAAGAGACAACUGAACAGACAUACAGACAGAAGGCCAAGGCAGCUGUGGGCCUAUCCUCAGAGUCUUACCUUUAGCAGACAUCAGCAGAGCGGACAACUGAGGUGCUGAGGACUCCUCCAGAGGCAGCGAUAGACCCUCUGGCCACUACCAGUCACCUCAGGAGUCCAGGCAGCUGCUAGCCGUUGUUCAAGUGUGGCUCCCGCGGCUGGACCCCCUGUGCCUCAGGACAGGAGCCCCAAGAGAGCCACAGGCUCUUCCACCUACCGAGGCAACGGGUAACCUGAGUGAGAAGGCGCAGGUGGCAGGCAGGCAGGCACGGGGUCCUGAGGCCGACAGGCUGCUGACCCUGGAGCACACUGGCUCAGAGACCCGUGCCCUGGCUGGGGAAGAUGCUGUGGAGACCACCAGCAGCCACCCCGGCCCUGUCCUGCAGUUGCCUCCUGCCUGGCCCCUGGGCUGUGGAGCUGAUGAUGUCCCAGCUUUUUGCUUGGUUUGCUUCCACAGAGAGGAGGAGGAACUGGAAGAGGUGCCACUGCAGAGGGAGAAGAUGAGCGUGGGCUGCCCAGAGCCUGAACCGCUCCACUCCCUGCCUUGCUGCGGGCCGGGGGCCGCCCCUGUACCAGGUGCCGGUGUGCCCCUCCUCACAGAAGACAUGCAAGCACUGACGCUACGCACACUGACUGCCAGCGACGUUACCAAGCACUACGAGCUUGUCCGGGAGCUGGGUAAAGGGACCUACGGAAAGGUUGACCUGGUGGCAUACAAGGGCACAGGCACCAAAAUGGCCCUGAAAUUUGUGAAUAAGAGCAAGACGAAGCUGAAGAAUUUCCUGCGUGAAGUGAGCAUCACCAACAGCCUGUCAUCCAGCCCCUUCAUCAUCAAGGUCUUUGACGUGGUCUUCGAGACUGAGGAAUGCUAUGUCUUUGCCCAGGAGUAUGCACCUGCUGGGGACCUGUUUGACAUCAUCCCUCCCCAGGUGGGGCUCCCCGAGGACACGGUGAAGCGCUGUGUGCAGCAGCUGGGGCUGGCGCUGGACUUCAUGCACAGCAGACAGCUAGUGCACCGCGACAUCAAACCCGAGAACGUGCUGCUGUUUGACCGUGAGUGCCGCCGUGUGAAGCUGGCGGACUUCGGCAUGACGCGGCGCGUGGGCUGCCGUGUGAAGCGUGUGAGCGGCACUAUACCCUACACAGCGCCCGAGGUGUGCCAGGCGGGCCGUGCCGAUGGCUUCGCGGUGGACACAGGCGUGGAUGUGUGGGCGUUCGGAGUGCUUAUCUUCUGCGUGCUCACCGGCAACUUCCCAUGGGAGGCUGCAUCGGGCGCCGAUGCCUUCUUCGAGGAGUUCGUGCGCUGGCAGCGGGGCCGCCUGCCUGGGUUGCCUUCGCAGUGGCGCCGCUUCACCGAGCCUGCACUGCGCAUGUUCCAGCGGCUGCUGGCUCUGGAGCCCGAGCGUCGCGGGCCGGCAAAGGAGGUCUUCCGCUUCCUCAAGCACGAGCUCACAUCUGAGCUUCGGCGGCGGCCUUCGCACCGGGCACGCAAACCUCCUGGGGACCGCCUGCCUGGGCCCCUGCGCCUCGAGGCUCCUGCACCGCUCAAGCGCACAGUGCUCACCGAGAGUGGCAGCGGUUCACGGUCCUCGCCGCCCAGCGUGGUGCCCGUUCCGGUGCCCGUGCCCGUGCCUGAGGCUAGUCUGGCUCCGUCCGCUCCCCAGGGCAGGACCGACAGCCGUGCAGACAAGAGCAAAGGGCAGGUGGUGCUGGCCACGGCCAUCGAGAUCUGCGUCUGAGCUGCUAGGAGCAGCGCAGCCGCUGCGGGGAAGCCGCGUAUGCUCCAACCCAUACUGGGGACAGGGAGCAACCACAGCGCGGUGGGAGGGAGUAGUGUAGACUAGGAGGCCCAGACACCCAGGUCGGUGGUGGGCUGGUGACAUAGCUAGCGGAUGACCAUGUGUGUGGCCGUCCUCAGCCCAGAGGAGCCGAGGCCCCUGACAAAGGCUGGGAGCUUGUGGGCCAGACUGAGCUCUGGAACCUGGACACUCCUGGCGCUUCACACCCCUUGGCAGAUCACCCUACAAUCUUCCAUCCAAACCUGGGCACAGAAAGGGGCCUUUGGUGUUGGGCAGAGAUGAGCACGAGACCCUUAGAAACUGGCUGGGAACAGGCACUGGGUUGACAACAGUGGUGCCCAGGAGGUCAGAGGGAGAGGCCAAGCCCCCUAAAUGUAGCGAAAGUUGUGUGCAGGAAUAGACCCGAAUAUUAGAGAUGCCCCCUCACCUCUUCCUGCUGAUGGGUACUUAGAUCCCAGAAGGGAGAGCCAUUACCGCAACCACGAGGCCAUUGGGAACAGAGUUCCAGUAGGUACCCCUCCCGAGAGUAUAGGGGAACAGAUGGCAGGAGAACGGGAGGCUUGGCACUCCUGUGUCUCUAGGGUAAGGGGGUGCAUUCACAGCCCAGCUGUUCCUUCCCUGGGCACUCAGCAAGCAGGGAAACAGUUGCGCCAGUUAUUCCUGGGGUUUGUCAAUCACGUGUGUGAGCCUCACGGUUCUAGGGCAGUACCCUUGCAGGGGAGGAGCACAUCAGUGGAUGGGACAGGAAGUCGUUGAAGUCAGAGUGAGUGUGAUGUGUGUCUGGUGACUUUGAGGGUCCGGACACCUCACCAGGCAGCUGCCAAGAGCCAGGCCUGUGUUUUACCACACUCCUCAGGGAAUCCCAGGAGACACCUGCUGUUGGCUCAGGUUCUUCGGCAACAAAACAGGAUCUCACCUUGCCCCUGCUCUCCUUUGGGACUCCUCAUUGUGGAGGCUUAAGGAACCCCUGCAAUAACCUCAGCACAGGGAGGCUGUACCUUCCGCCUGGCACCACCCAACUGACCAGCCUGGGUUGCCUCUCCUAGGGUCCCUCCAAAAGUUCUGGGUCAUUCUAGGAGGUUCCAUAGUGGGGCUGGCUGGCUAGCUGCAAGGGGCACCAACCACCCCUCAGCCUGGAGCCCCCACCUCUCUACACAACCCCUGGCUCCCACCACAAAGGGCUAUAGGUCUCCCUGCCCUGCCUGAGUCCAGUUUACAAACUGUGGUUGCUCCAGGGCCUGGUCCCACUUUUCCUGGGGUGCCACCACUUCCCUAGUGGACACAGGGCCCACAUGCCAGGUAAGUAGCAAACCCCUCCUCCUACCAAGAGCCGAAUCUCAGAAGGCCCCCAUCACUGCCCUGGCCCACUUGGGGCCACUAGGCCCUCCUUCCCAGCCGCUACUUCUCCUCUUGCCUUAGGCCUCUCCACCCUGAUCUGCAAUAACAAGGAAGCGAGAUUCCACAGUAGACAUCCCGCGUCCCAUGUGCGCCCUCUCUCUGUUGAGAUCCUGUGUGGGAGGCCUCUCCCUUGUAGUAUCUGGUAGUCCUCAGAAAAGACUUUAGGUUCGUAGCCCGGCCCCAUCCUUCAGAGGCAGCAACCAGCCUGACCCUGAACCAGACUCAGGCUGGGUCAGGCUCCACUCUUGCUACCACCACUGGUACUGUCUCUGUCUGUUGGGUUGGGACCCUUUGCCCCUUAGGAGAGGUGUUGGUUACAGAUGUUUACCUCAGUUUGUCACUGUUGAAGAAACAAAAUAAUAAUAAUAAUAAUAAUAAUAGCAAAAAAUUAACAUCGUAGACAUGGAGACUUAGAAGACAAAACCCACAGGAGAAACCUCCCCCUUUGCAGUUUUUCUGUGAAGGUAUAGUUUGUUCAUGUACGCACACGUAUGUGCGUGUCUCUGUCUCACCCCAGGGCAGGCCAGAUCAUCUAUGACACCUGUCCCAGCCUGGUGUCCCUCACACUGCCCCUGUCCUUUGGUGCUUCCCAGGGGCCCCUUGAACUGGCUUGUUGGAUGUAGGGGAACUUCCUGGAUAGGAAGUGGGGCCUUCAGUUAGCUAGAGGUCUCCCACCGGAUCCUGUGAGUAGAGGGCCCCAGGCUGUGUGAUGCUCCCCGAGCCCACAGCACAGUGCUGGUGGUUGGCAUCUGUCCAAGUCUGGGGCAGGGCCUGGGUUGAACCCAAGCCCUUGAGCCUCGCGCUCCUGUCUUGCCUCCCCUACCCCAUGUCUUUGUAAAUACUCUGGCAUCCUUUGGCCCUGAGGAGGUUUUUAAAUGUGUUAUUUACUUCUCUAACUAUGACAAUUGCUAUAAAAUAAAAAUUUAGAAAAA